ACUAACGCGACAACAAUGACGAGAGUGCGUCGGUUCUCGUCGCUCCUGCGGGAACGUGCCUAUUUCUGUGUCGUUUGAACCGUUACGCUCACGUCUUCGCUCCGCGACGUGAACCGUGGAUCGGGGAUCGCUUUUAGCGCUUUUGCUUCGACAAACACCGAACAAUGGACCGUUUGCGAUCCGUGUAACGUUGCCGCGUACGCCCGGCAAUUAUUUGCAAAGCUCGUCAAGUGCAUCCGGUUAAAAGGCGCUUCGAUGCUUUCCGUGUAUCCGCGCGGAGGAUUCUCGGCGAUCGUUUCUCGCGAGAGGGGCUCGGUUACGCGGAACGGAGAUCACGCUUUUGUCGUCUCUGUCAAGAGAGUUUUUUACGAUACCCAGCACUUUUCCUCCAUCCAACGCGAUAUAUAGCGUCGUAAUUGUGCACGGUUUACGAGGUUAAUACGACCAACGUACGAAAGAGGCUGCACGGCGUAGAUUCUUUCCCGAGAUCGGUGAUGACGAUCGAAAUCCACGGUCUCUCUCCCCCUCGUCGAAAUAUUGUCGUGUGAUCGUCGGGUACGUUGUGUCAUUGUAUCACAAAGUCUUUCUUUAUCGCUCUGUCUCAAAGAACAUAAGGAUAUACGGAGUAUAUUUCAGUGUUGAGUUGAAUAGAAUGUUAAACUCGGGAAUGGACUGACAGAGGAUCUUCCAGAAAAGAUCGAAAAGUUGGGUACGAGGAAUCUAAACGACAGACGAUAACAGGGCAAAGUGUCUGCGAGUAGGCCUCGGGCCGUACAACCAUCAACGACUCGACUAUGCCAGCUGUUGCAAGGCCUGGUAGCUUAAAAGACCCAGAGAUUGCCGAAUUAUUCGAGAAAAAUGAUCCGGAGAAGAUAUUUGAGGAUCUGCGCGAGAUCGGGCAUGGUAGUUUCGGAGCAGUUUACUAUGCACGAUGCCUGGUUACCAAAGAGAUUGUUGCCAUCAAGAAGAUGUCUUACCUGGGGAAACAAACGGUGGAGAAAUGGCAGGACAUUCUGAAGGAGAUUCGAUUUCUUAGGCAACUUAAUCAUCCUAACACUAUAGAAUAUAAGGGUUGCUAUCUCAGGGACCACACUGCCUGGCUGGUGAUGGAAUAUUGUCUUGGCUCCGCAUCGGAUAUUAUCGAAGUCCACAAAAGACCUCUGAAAGAAGAAGAGAUCGCCGCGAUAUGCGAAGGUGUAUUGCGUGGCUUGCAUUAUCUCCAUUCUCUCGGAAGGAUCCAUCGUGAUGUGAAAGCAGGAAAUAUUCUACUUACUGAGAACGGUACAGUGAAAUUGGCUGAUUUUGGGUCCGCGAGCAUAAAAUGUCCAGCCAAUAGCUUCGUAGGGACUCCAUAUUGGAUGGCACCAGAAGUUAUAUUAGCUAUGGAUGAGGGCCAGUAUGAUGGCAAGGUGGACGUAUGGUCGUUAGGAAUAACGUGCAUCGAAUUAGCGGAGAGAAAGCCACCUUAUUUUAAUAUGAACGCUAUGAGCGCCUUGUAUCAUAUCGCACAGAAUGAUACGCCAAUCUUAAAUUCACCAGAUUGGACCGAUGUCUUUCGUCAUUUUGUUGAGGUGUGUCUUACUAAAAGUCCGAUUGAAAGACCAACGUCCGGGAAAUUGUUAUCACAUCAAUUUGUCACCAGACCACGUUCUCCUCAAGUUUUGAUAGAUUUGAUACAGAGAACGAAAGCCGCUGUACGGGAAUUAGAUAACUUGAAUUACCGUAAGAUGAAGAAGAUCUUGAUGAUCGACGCAUGCGAGACUGAGAGCACAGUUGGUGACGCCGACGAUACUCCCGAUGAACAAACAGGUGGUGAUAGUAGCAAAAGCAAUUCAAUUACCUCAGAACACUCGAUUCACUCGAUGGGCGUCUCGGCGAGCUCUCAAAGUUCCUCCACCAAUAGCCUGCCGCUGCCGAAUACUGAUAACAAUGAUUAUUCCUCGGGUUCUGUCAGAAAUCGGCAUAAAGUUACAGCAGGUGGUGUCACUGCCAAUCUUCUUGAACACGGUGCCAAUAAUUUUGCGACAAUUAGAACGACUUCAAUUGUCACGAAACAACAAAAGGAACACAUGCAAGAAGAAAUGCAUGAACAGAUGAGUGGGUACAAACGAAUGAGGAGAGAACAUCAAGGUGCUUUGGUGAAAUUAGAGGAACGCUGCAAAAUGGAGAUGGAGUCACAUAAACAGCUGUUGGAUAAAGAGUACGAAACUCUUUUGCAACAGUUUAGCAAAGAUCUCGAGAAAUUGCAACUCAGACAUCUGCAAGAACUGGAACGUAAGCUGAAACAAAAUCAAAAUGCCGAGAAGAAACUUCACAAGGAGAUAACAAGCAGACAGGAGGCCGAUCGCAAGGCUCUAGAAGCUCAACAGAAAAGAGAGUACAAAGCCUAUAAAGAAAGAUGGAAAAAGGAACUGUCUCAGGACGAAGUAACUCCAAAGAGGCAACGAGACGCUACGCUUCAGAGUCAAAAAGAUAAUUUGAGACAAAUGGAAGCGCAAGAGGAACAACGGCUCGCGAGGGGACAACGAGAAUAUCUGGAUCUUGAAAUUCGUAAAUUCCGUAGAAAAAAGUUACUCAUCUUCCACAGCCUGGAACAGGAGCUUCUUCGCGAAGAACUGAACAAGCGGCAACAGCAACUAGAGCAGGCACAUGCUAUGCUCUUGCGACAUCAUGAAAAGACCCAAGAAUUGGAAUAUAGACAACAGAGAGCGGUACACGCGCUUCGCGAAGAUCAAGUGCAUCGACAACAUACAACAGAGCUCUGUAAUCAGCAGGAUUACAUGCAAAGGGCUGAACGUGAUCUGCGUAAGAAACAUGCGUUAGAACUGAAACAGCAACCGAAAAGUCUCAAGCAAAAGGAAAUGCAAAUUCGUAAACAGUUUAGAGAAACUUGUAAAAUACAGACACGACAAUAUAAAGCAUUAAAAGCUCAAAUCCUGCAAACAACUGCUAAGGACGAACAGAAAGCGGUUAUUAAGAAGUUGAAGGAGGAACAGAGACGUAAAUUGGCUCUUUUAGGUGAUCAGUACGAGCAGAGUAUCGCUGAAAUGCUCCAAAAACAAAGUAUACGGCUAGAUGAGUCGCAAGAAUUAGAAUGCCAUAAUCUUAAGGAAAGAUUAAAUUAUGAAUUAGAAAUUCUAAUGGCAUACCAAUCAAAAAACAAGAUGCAAGCCGAGGCGCAGAGAAACAGAGAACGUCGCGAGUUGGAAGAUCGCGUAUCUGUUAGACGAGCUUUGCUCGAACAAAAGAUGGAAUUAGAAACUCAGGAAUUUCUUCGUGAACGUAGCGAACGUAUACGCCUGCUACAUGAAAGGCAAGAACGGGAACUGCAGCAAUUUGAUGAGGAAAGCGCGAGAAUAGGAUUCAGUGCUCUGGCGAUAGCUGAGGCAUCAAAAGAAUCAUACCCGGAUGAUGAAAGCCUUAGCGGCUCCAUGUUAAGUCUAGCUCACAGUAAUAGCUCCACAUCCUUCCCCCCUAAUAGUCUUUAAUUUUAAUCAUAUUAAUAGAAUAUAUAUAUAUAGAUAUAUAUAUAGAUGUACAUACGUACCCACAUACAUAUAUGUACGUACGUAUGUAUGUUGUCUGUCUGUAGUAAGUACAUGACGAGUCUGCCGACGUAUAAUAAUUCGACGACAUAUAUAUAUAUAUAUAUAUAUAUAUAUAUAUAAAACAAGGGUUGUGUGGCUCGUUACGUGCAUCGACCCAAACUUGAAAGGUUUGUUGAGCUUGGGAAUGUGUAUUGGACUGAAAUUGUCACAAUUGCAUAUUUUUCAAUCAACAAAAGAUAUAUUGAUAUGAUUUACCAGAAAGAAAGAGAGAAUGAAAGAGUCAGCGAGCAAGCAAGCAAGCUUCAUAUUGAAGAAGAAUCUAGAUGCUUUUUGCAACAUUGUAAUAUUUAUUACUCAUAACCAAAUAUCUUGAGAUGCAUAUAGAGGUAAAGAAAAGUCUUUAAUAACAUUAAUUUCAUCUGUAAUAUCCAGUAGAAUCUUAAAAUUUAUAGCUCAGAAGAUGUCAGUGUAGGAAGUAAAGAAUUUUAUACAUACUACUACAGAAAAGGAAAGCUUUAGAGAUCUUUAUUUAUUAAUAUAUCGCAAAAAAUAUGACAAUGGUAAUAGUACAAUAAUCCUAAAUUGAUUCUCGUAUUAACACAUCCUCCAUUCUUUUCCCCGUCCAUUUUUCCUCGUCUGAAAUUUGAAAUAAUGAGAGUAAGUUUAAGAUGUCUUUUUCUUGGUGUUUUGACUGACACACUCAGAUACUACUUUCAUAACAAAGAUUUCAGAAUUAAUCGUAAUAAUCGAGCAUCGCGCGCGUUAGAGAGCGAAAGUUACAUUUCUUAUAUAUCUUAAGAAUUUAGUUAUACAUUUAAUUUGAUGCAAUAUACACACAUCAGUGGAAUUUGUAAAGUGAUAUUCUAAUAUAUUUAGCAAAACUCUAUUUUUUUAUACAUAUAAAUAUUAGUAAUUAAUGUGCAUUUUUCCCCCUCCAGAAAAAAAGAUUUAAGUUCAGGAUAUAAUAACAUUCGCAUUAUCCUUCUAUUACAUUAUACUUUCUUUUUUAUUUUAUAUCAAUAAUCAUGAAAAUUUAAUUGAUAAUAAAAUGAUUGUUGAACUGCGAACGAUUAGUCUUCACUUUUCACAAUUCCUGUCAACUUUUCUGCUAACAAUAAGAUUUUUUUAUCCAUUGUAUCUCAAAUAUUUCAAAUAUAUAAUUUGUAUAAAAUUUUGAUAAAGUAUAACGUAUAGUUAAAUAAUUUAUGAUGUAUUAGUAAAUUGGUUUAUUAUCUAUUAUAAAGCUCGAAAAAAAGGAUUUAUGGACAUAUAUGAACGUAUACUUUUUCUCAUCCCUUGUACAUAAUGAUAAAUGAUAAAAUGUAAUUUUCCAAGUAUUUUCUGCAUCAUUAAUGAGUAAAUCAAUUUUCAACUACGAGAUCAGUUGUUUAACUGUGAUUUCAUUUCAGCUUUUAAUGCAAGUUUUAUUCGUACAGAGUUAAAAGUUGGCGGACUAUUUAAAAACAUUUCUGUAUCGAAUUUUAUAAUCAACGAAAAUAAUUGAACAAAUGUUAACUCUUUACCUUCCCCGUUAAUGUGAUAUAAACGCGUCAAGUGUAAGAGAAUCUGACCAAUGUUAUCUGUACAUUAGCAAAAUUUUUAUUUUCAUUUGACAUACCAGUGAAAGACGUUUACUUUUCACAAAAAGCUUUAAGAAAAGUUUGCAUAAACGUUAGCAAAAUGUUAAUUUCUCCAUCUGUUAUUCAGAAAAGUUUGCACACUUUGAUAUAUCUGAUGGACUCUUGCGUAAUUCCAGUGUAUAUCACAUAAUCUCCAUAACUGUUUAAAAUUUCAUCCAGUACACAUCCCCCAAUGUAGUAUUUUUACAUCAAGAUAUACAUGUUAUGUUUCCUUUUUCAUUUAUAUUACACUUUUAUAUACUUUUAUCUUAUAUGUCACAAAGUCCCCUUAAUACCGAUAAAAUUUAAAUCUAAAUGAUUGUGACUGUUGUUCCUCCCAACAAUGUUCGUGCCCUUAUACGAUAAUUUAAAUAUAUUGUCUGUAGAAUCAACGAAAACAAGUACGAUUUCACAUUAAAAGAGAAGAAUGAUGAACAAUGUCGUAUUAAGAAAGUGUAUUUCCAUUAAUUAUAACACCCUUAUAAGGAGGUGCUACCACUACGUAGUUAAUACUUAGUAACGCGCGCGCGCGCGAGUGCAGUCCACGUAUUUCUGGAUUGUGUAAUGUCAAUAAGUUUUGUCAAUAACUAUGUAUAAAGCAUUUCAUUCUUAUCAUAAAAAAAUGUAAAUUUUUACUAUUCAACGAUAUAAUCCAAUUUCUUUCUAACAUUGAGAGCAGUGAGACAUGUCAUCAUGAAAUAUCUAUAUAAGCGAUAGUUGAGCAAGUGUCAAGCGAUGCCAAUCAAAUGUUUGUAUUAUAUUGAUUAGUACGUACACGCAUUAUUAAAGAGAAGAGACAAAUGUUCUUUGCGACUUUGGCAUUUUGCGUUUGUAGCUUGUGAAAUUCUUGGCAAAUUGAGAGAAAAGUGUUUUCUUAGAUUUAGGAGAGAUAGGAAGUGAUUGCAAUCAAGGAGCAUGACCAAAAGUAUUGCAUUUUAUUUCAUAAGUUUAUAAACUUUCUCCUUUGUGUGAUUCAAUAAAGUAUGAACAAUGAGCAACACUCGUAAAGAGCUUAAAAUAAUGUUCACGUAAUUCAUCACACAUUUCAUCGUUCAAUGGCAAUACAGCACACAUUCCCAUUAUCACGAGAUAUAUAAUGUUAAAUGGAAAAUUCAAAUGGAAUUAAACGCGAAAAUUAAUCAAGUGCUAGCAUUCAUUGAACGAAUAUCUAAAAAUCUGUGUUCUCAUUAUAGUGAAUGCUGACGUAGGGAAACAAUAAACAAUUGUUAUUGAAUAUAUGGUUACAUGUUUCAAAGUAACAAUGUAACUAACAACGGAAAACUGUCACAAUCAGCUGAGAUAUUGCCCUAUACCACAACUACGCAAGUACGCAUGUAAAUAUAUAGACACAUGUUAUACAUAGUAAUCGAAUUGUAACAAAUCAUUAUGAAAAAGACAGUAAGACUGCAUCUUCACACGUGUAUAUGAAGAUAAAUUUCAAUUCUUCCUCAAAUUGUUUUAUUACAGAAAUAAAUUCAUCUGAAAUUAAUUAAUUAAUUGGUAUGAUCAAUUUCAGAGGUACAACAGAGAUUAUUCGUGCUAACAAAAAAGGGUUCGACUUUUAUGUACGUGAGUGUACGUGUGUAUGUGUGUGCUGUGUAUUGCGUAUGGUUUGGAAAAAUAACUAUUAGAUUAACAAGUUAUGCAGUAAGUUUUUCUUACAAUAGGUAACUAAACAAGUAAUUAUACAUAUAUAAUCGCGAUUACUAAGUCGUGGAUUUGAAACUUCUCUUUAUCCACGGGAAAUUUCUGUAUAAAAAAAUUGUUAAGUUUUAUAUGCACUUUUAAUUAUAGCACGAGUUGUCUCUGACUUACGUUGUAUGUAUGUAACAAAAAAUAAUUCUUGAUCGUAGUACGUGUGUAAUCAUUAGAAUUCGCUGAAUACCCAAUUUAGGAAAUUGUCAAUGUUGCUAGCGUUUUGUAAAUAUUUAUUCGCUUUGCAUAUAGAACUGCGAUAUAUAGAAUUUUGUUUUAGUUACGAUGUAUCUAGUAUUUACACUGACAAUGAGAGAUUUAUAAAAUUUUGCAAAAACAAUGGCUAACUUAUCAGUUAAAUUUGGAUUGUGAUAACUGAUACGCUCUAGACAAUUAAUAAUAGGCGUAGCAUAUCAAAUACGUAUUAUCAAAUUGUGCUUGGUGAUUAUUUAACACAAGCUCCAUACAAGGUUUUCCGCUUCCAUACAAGGUGUGAUUUUGUAAUGUUAGUGAUUGUGUUAAAGUACAAUACUCAAUCUAUUGUCUUAUCUGUCUAAAAACGCAAUAUUUUUUAGAGAUUGCUGUAACAAUUACAAUUACAGUGAUACAUAUAAUUACGUUUUCUUUGUGUCAUUGGUCAAUUGCAAGAAUAUUCUUUCUAGAUACAUUGAAACAUCGAAGCAAUGUAAUCAUACGUACACCCACACGCGUCUGCGUACACACGCGCGCAUUCUACACACAACAUAUUAUAUAUUUCAAUAUAAUUUCUGGCAGAUAACUUUUACUUUUAACAGUCUCAUUUUUGUAGGUAUGGUAAUGUGCAAAGUAACGAAAAUAGCGUUAGCAUGUUUGCAGAAUAAAUAUAUCAUUGAUACCAUGGAAAGUAAAAAAUUUACCUUAGAUGGGUCAUCACACAUAUACAUACACACAAUCUGUACGGGAUAUUAUCUCAACUGUAAUUUUCUCUGAAACAAAAUAAUCACGUAUGUUUUAUAAGAAGGAAUUAAUAUCUCUUGAAGACAUCUAAAUAAAAAUGCAACAACUA